CGAGCAUGGCCACGCUGCGCAGGCUGCGAGAAGCGCCGCGCCAUUUACUGGUGUGCGAGAAAUCCAACUUCGGCCACAGCAAGUCGCGCCACCGGCAUCUCGUGGAGACGCACUAUCAUAAUUACAGGGUUUCGUUUCUCAUUCCUGAAUGUGGGAUACUAUCAAAAGAACUGAAAAACCUAGUCAUGGAUAUUGGACCCUAUUACUUUGUGAAGAAUUUACCACUUCAUGAAUUAAUUACACACGAAUUCAUCAGCACCUUUGUAAAGAAAGGUUCGUGCUAUGCACUAACAUACAAUACACAUAUUGAUGAAGAUAAUACUGUUGCCCUGCUGCCAAACGGUAACAACAGUCACUUUUUCUUCUUUAAUUAUAAAAGAAAUGCAUACUGUAAAAAAAAAAAAAAAAAAUGCAAGCUAUGUAUGUAUGAUUGAAAUAUAUAUAUUUCUUUUUCCAUUUUUUAAGUUGUUUCCAUUGAUUUGAUGGAUUUAUCCUUGAACCCAAAUUCUAAGAAGUAUGAAAGAAUAUCUUGGUCCUUCAAAGAAAAGAAGCCACUGAGAUUUGAUUUUCUUUUGGCUUGGCAUCAUACAGGUGCAGCAGAAUCAACGAUGAUGUCAUACUUCUCCACUUACCAAAUUCAGGAGCAUCAGCCGAAAGUAGCUGUGAGCACGCUGAGAGACCUGCCGUGCCCAGUGCUGCAGAGCAGCGUGCUUGGGGGACAGCUGGAGGCGUCCUGCAGUGCUCCGGAGCUCUUUGACUGGCUUGGCGCCGUCUUCAGUAACGCAGACCUAAAUAAUGAGCCUACUAAUUUCAUAUCAGCCUAUUGCUGUCCUCAGCCACACUCAGUGAUGGCAAAAGCUUAUCUGUGUACAAUCACCGGUUUCAUACUGCCAGAGAAGAUCUGUCUCCUACUGGAACAGCUGUGUCACUAUUUUGAUGAGCCAAAGUUAGCUCCAUGGGUUACAUUGUCGGUUCAAGGCUUUGCAGACAGCCCUGUUUCGUGGAGAGAAAAUGAACAUGGCUUUCGAAAAGGAGGAGAACAUUUAUACAACUUCGUGAUUUUUAAUAACCAGGACUAUUGGCUUCAGAUGGCUGUUGGGGCAAAUGAUGGCUGUCCACCAUAAAAGAUACAAAUUAUACAAUCA